AUGCAGGUGGCGACGCAGCUAGGGUUGCUGGAUGAUGCCGUGCGUCUGUACCGGGAGUGUGGUCGCUACGACCUCCUCAAUGGGCUCUAUCAGGCCUCUGGACUUUGGGAGCGGGCCCUGGAGGUCGCAGAGGCUAACGACGGGAUAAACCUUUCCACGACACACCAACUCUACGCCCAGCACCUCGAAAAGGCAAUAGCGAGAGGGCGGGAGGGGGAGGGCUUGGCAUCCUUGGGAAAACAAUCCGGAAUCACUUUCAGUGCUUUACAUCUUCAAAUCAUAUUAACCUUGAUUUGGGUCGUGGGUGACACGGCCGGCGCCAUCCAGCACUACGAGCUCGCCGGCACUCACUGCGUGGAGGUGCCGCGGAUGCUCUACGAGCGCGGGAGGGUGGAGGAUCUAGAGGAGUAUAUCACUCAGGGCAACAACGUGCAACUGCUCAAGUGGUGGUCUCAGUACCUCGAGUCAAGAGGAGAGUUCGAAAAGGCCCGCAAAACCUACACCCGGGCGCAGGACUACCUGUCGCUGGUCAGGCUGGCCUGCCAAGGUGGACAGGUCGAGCGGGUGCGUCAUCGACAAGCGAUAGAAAUUGUGAACGAGUCGGGGUCAGCGCCGGCCGCGUACCACCUUGCGAGGCAUUUGGAAGCGGUGGGGAGAACGGCCGAGGCCGUUUCGUUCUACGCUCGAAGCAAUCGUUUCAAUCACGCCAUCCGAUUGGCCAAGGACCACGGCAUGGACUCCGAGCUGAUGGGGUUCGCCCUCAAGAGUCGACCAAGCCUCAUGGUCUCGGUUGCGGACUACCUCCAAGACAAGGGCGAACUAGAAAAGGCGGUGCAGCUGUACCAGAAGGCGGGUGAGGUUACCAAGGCCCUAGACCUCUGCUUCAGGUCCGGUGCGGCAGGCGGAGAAGCAGAUCAGAAGCACGGGGGCGAGGGCGAGGGGGAGAAAAGCCCGGCAAUGUUUGAGGCGCUCAAGUCUAUGAUGGACGACCUCGGCUCGCACGCUUCUCCGCAGGUCCUUUCGCGCUGCGUGGAGUUCUUUGUCGCCAACGGGCAGUUCGAUAAAGCAGUGGGGCUGUGCAUCACCAAUCGAAAGCACUUACAAGCCAUUGAGCUCUGUGUCGCACAUAAGGUACCCAUUUCAGAAGAUAUGGCGGAAGAACUCACCCCUAAAAAAGAUGGAGGCGAGAGCAGCAACAGCGGUGGCAACGGUGGAGAGAGCGGUCGAAUGGGCAAGAGCAAGGGGGGAAUGGCAGAAGGCACUCGUGAGGACGUAUUAAGGGAGCUGGCGAAGGCGUGUAAGCGCCAGGGCAACUUCCACCUCGCCUGCAAGAAGUACACACAGGCGGGCGACAGACUGAAGGCCCUGAAGUGCUUGCUGAAGAGCGGCGACACGAAGAGCAUUGUCUACUACGCCGGGGUCAGCCGCAGCCGCGACAUCUACAUCUUGGCGGCCAAUUAUUUGCAGAACUUGGACUGGCAUGAUGACCCACAGGUGAUGAAGUCCAUCAUAGCGUUCUACACCAAGGCAAAGGCGCACUUGCAGCUGUCCGACUUCUACGACGCCUGCGCUCAGGUGGAGAUCGACGAGUACCGGGACUACGAGAAGGCUCUGGGGGCAAUGAACGAGGCCGCCAGGCAGCUCGCCAAGGCCGGUUCCCCAGGGGACAAACUGGCUCAGCUGAACAAGAGGGUUUUCCUUGUCGAAAGGUUUGUACAGGCGCGACGACUGGCGAAGGACGAUCCUGACGGCAUGGCGGCUAUGUGUCAGCAGCUCUUGGCUAACGAUGACCUCGAGACGGCGAUGAGAGCGGGAGACGUCUUCGCGGCCCUCGUCGAUCACUUCUUCGAAAGAGGCAAUUGGCAGCAGUGCCACUCGCUCAUGGGAAGCAUGCGCGACAGAGGGAUCGUUCUGGAUCCGUACCUCGAUCAUGGAGUUCUGGCCAGGGUGUGCCAGGAAGUCGGAGUUCCAGUCGAAGAGCUCGACCCUUCAGGCGUCGGUCCUGCACAGUCGGGUGUCGAUUUCGGCGACGACGCGGAGGAUGAAGUAGGUGAGGAGGACCUCCCAAUGGAAGAAGAGGAGGUGGCGUCAGACGCCGAGGGCAACUUCAACGGCGGGAACCAAGGAAGAUCCUACAAGUAGAUGGCGGUCACAAGACCCCCUCUCUUCUUGUGUCUGCACGAUUUCACGCGAAACUCAUCGAUCUUCAUUUGUGUUGUUUUUGUUUUCGUGGUGAGGUUUGUGCACAGACUACACAAGAACGUGGUACCUUGUGCUGAUCACCCACCACACACGAUAAGGGGCAAGGAAGACGAACGGGAGAAGAGCUUGAUGAUUAUUGUUCGAGUUUUGCAAUGUUGUCGAGAGGGUUUGCUGUUGGAGCCUGCAGAAUACUUGCCUCAUGCGACGAGGGUUGGGAAAGGAGGGUGAGCCAACGCUUGGUGAUUUGAAGUUUGGCAACUUGAAUGAUUGAACCAACAUAAAAAUCGUGAUCGUUUGAUACGCACGCGUACAAAAGAUUACCUGGUAAAUAUUUUUGCGAUUCAUGAUGUACAAUAGCUUUGAACACGAGUGAUGUGGGGUACCCAACACAAGAGAAAGGUUCACGAGGAGGCUAUCCGUCGAUUGACUCUCUCUCGUACCUACGCCUUAGCAGAAAAUCGAAAUGUGUUUUUUUCCGGACGAUGCUCGUACCAUGGUACAAGCAAGUUGUUAUUGUUGUCGUUGUCUUCACAUUAAAAACCGUUCCGGUCU